AUGGCGGAUUUGGAAGGGGCCGUAGUCAGCUCAUCGUGCAAGCGCAUCAAGUACGGAGAUAGCGACAACGCCGUUUCGUCACCUCCGCUACCAGCAGCAGACUCGCACCAGUCCUCCUUCCCCGCGUUAUCUCCGCGUUCCGCCCACAACCCGCCUGCCUCUUUCCCCGCGAGCUCCAACCGCAGCCGCGCUCCCCUCCCCCCGCCUGUUAGCGCGCCUGCGGCAGUCGGCGCAGCCAUGGGCUGGCGCGGAGGCCCGCGAUGGGCGGACGAAGCGGACGGGGGAGAGCGCCAUCAGGGCUUGCGGGGGGGCGAGGGUGCGGGCCAGCAAGCAGACUGGAAUGCGCGGCAAGGGGAACUGGUGGCGCAAGAAGGACUGGGCGGGCGGGCGGACUGGCUCAGGAGAAAUCCCCGCGAGGCGGGUGAAGAGGAGGAGGGGGAGGACACUGAGGGAGAGGCGGGGCGAGCGGAAGGAGGAGUGGGGGAAGGUGUGGGUGCUGCAAGGAGCAGAGGGGACUGGAGCGGAAGGGAAGGCAGAGGCGUGGAGCAGCUGCGUUCGUAUAUCGAGAGCUCGCUCAGCGUUCCGUUCACCUCUCCUGAGUCUGGUGGUGGCUUCCCGUCGCGCGAAACGCGGCGGAAUACUGGGAGGAGGUAUGGGCCUCUGACAGGCAGGAUGUGGUGGAGAGAAGGCACUGAGAGCACGAUGAGGACUGCGAUAAGCGGUGCUGCGGCUGCUGACCGGGGCGCGGGUGCGGCGCCAAGAGUGGGUGGAUUUGCGGGAGAGGGAGGCUUGAGAGAUGGUGAUGUGGGAGGGAGUGAGGCGCGGGGAGUUGCAGGAGCAGUGGGAGAGGAGGAAGCGACGGAGGCAGUCCCCGGUUGUGUUGAUAAAGCUGGAGAUGGGAUCGAGUUGGCAGGAAGAGGCCAUGGUGCUCGUGCUUCUGCUUCUGCUUCUGCUUCUACUUCUGCUGCUCCUGCUGGUGCUGCUGGUGCUGCUGGUGCUGCUGGCAAGUCGGAUGGUAACACUGGCGACGAGGAAGGUGGCAACGAGCAUGCGAGUGGUAAUGGCGCUCGCGGGCAGAGCUCUGUCCGCGGGUUGGCGCCAUUAGGAAGACAGGGAAGAUGGGGUGUAGGAGAAGGGGAGGGAGGAGGAGGGGAAGGAGGAGGGGUGGGAGGAGGAGGAGAAGGAGGAGGGGAAGGAGGAGGGGAGGGAGGAGGAGGGGAAGGAGAAAGGGAAGGCAUUAGGGGAGAAGGAAUGGGCUGCAGUGCAGGUGGUGGGAGAAUUGCUGAACGGCUUGCCCGUAGGGAAGAAUUGUCCCGUCGUUUGGAAAGGUUGAGAGCGGUAGAUGGCCGGGAGAGGGCUGACGAAGGGGCUGGAGGCGCGAGGGCGGCUGGGGUUGGGGGAGGCGUCGGGUAUAGGCGGGGGGGGAUUGGGGGGACGGACGAGGGCGGUGGCGGAAUGGAGGUUGGUGGGGGAAUGGACAUCGGGGGAGGGAGGGUGGUUGAGGGAGGAUGGAUAUAUGGGUAUCCGGGAGAGGAGGAAGAUGAUGACGAUGAUGAUGAUGAUGAUGAUGAUGAGGAGGAUGCUAUGAUGAGAAGGUAUCAUCUUGAUCGGCCAUGGGUUAGGUUUGGAGCGAGGGACCGAGCCGAGAUGGGUAGGGAUGGUGGUGGUGGCAUGAGGGACAGGUGGUAUGAGUGGGAUAGGCGGGGGAGGGAGGAGUGGAGGAGGCGUGCUCGUGAUGGGGGCCCGGCUGAGUGGCAUAGGCUACCUGCUCCGCGGGUCACUUCGCCUCCCCCUCUCCGCGUGGGUGCCUUGCCCCAACACAUUCCGGUGGUGACUCACAUGGGUGACGUGCGUGGGGGCGACGCACAGGGAAGAGCAGGCGCAGUCACGCGUGCACGAGUGGCGGGCAGGGGUGUGGGCGGAGGGGAAGCAGGCGGCGGCGGCGGAGGAGGAGGAGGAGGAGCGGUGGGAGAAGAGAGGGGCGGAGGCGACCCAUACCCCCACCACCCGGAUCUAGUCCCAGACGUGCUGUACCACGUCUUCUCCUUCCUGGACCACCCCGCGCUCUGCCGCGCAGCCCUAGUCUGCCAGCGCUGGAGGGUAGUCAGUGAGCACCACGAGUUCUGGCGCCACCUCUCCUUCCAAGCCUUCCCCGCCGCGACUUUCUCGCACGUGCACCGCCUCGCUUGCAAGUACCCGCAGGCUCACUCCCUCAACGUCUGCGGCCUACGGUUCACCGAGCAGCAGCUCCAGAGGAUUCUCACCCCGCUCUCGUCCCACCUCCGCUGCCUCUCCCUGGGGUUGCAGCGGCUCCCAGAAGAUAUAUUCGUGUGUGUGGAGGCCACGUGCCCGUCUCUCACGCACCUGCGUGUGCUCGAUGCCGUGGUGGGGAAUCCCAUGCUGCCAGAGCUCUUCCUCUCGCACUCGCACCUCGUCAGCCUAGACAUGCUCUCCUGCUGUCUCCUCCGCGUGGUGCUAGAUCUCCCUGAGCUCACCCACCUCUCCCUCGCUCGCACCUCUGUCACCCACGUCACCCUCUUCUGCCCCCGCUUGCGCUCCCUCAACCUCUCCGGCUGCCAUAAGCUCUCCGAUUCCAGUCUCCGCGUGGCAAUCCUCGACUGCCCGACCAUCACUGCUCUCAACAUCUCCUCCUGCCCGUACACCAGCGACGAAACCCUCUCCCAGAUCGCCUCGCGCUGCUCGCUUCUCACCUCGCUGGACAUUUCCGGCUGCGCGAACGUGACCUUGGACCGGCUUCGCCUGCCCCAGGUGACACAGUUACGCUUGGUGGGGUGCGACAGCAUCACAACCGGGUCCCUCGCGUCUCUCGCGCACUGUGUGCUGCUUGAGAGUCUUGUCAUGGAUGGCUGUCCGCUGCUGUCUGCAGUCAACCUGGACUUGCCGUUGCUGCGGCAUAUCUCCCUGCUGGGGUGCCGGCAGCUGAAGAAGGUGUGUGUGAGGAGCGAGAGGCUGGAGAGCAUUGCACUUGCUCCCGACAUGGGUGCUGCUCCCGACUGCCCUCUACUCCUGCUGGGGCAGCAGGGGCAGCCGCAGGGGGCGCAGCAGGGGCAGCCGCAGGGGCCGCAGCAGGGGCAGCAGCAAGAAGGGCAGGAACAGAUUCAGGCACAGCGGAAUGAGUGGGUAGAGCCGGAGGAAGGGGACGUUGGGAGGGUCGUGGAACAGGCGGAUGAGAUGGCAGAUGUGGAGAGGCAGGCGCAGGGCGUGGGCGAGCGUGGUCGAGCAAGGCCGGGAAGGCCGGGACAGGCAGAGAUUCAGGCCCAAAGAGCAAGACUGUGCCUAGAAAUCCGGUCGCCUGCCGUGCAGCGCUUGGACCUGCGGUCGCAGCUAUACCUGGAGUCGCUCGUGCUGUGCUGCGGUAACCUGCUGCACCUGCACCUGUCUGCGUGCGACGGGCUCACGAAUGAGGUGUUCCGUGCGCUGAGUGAGCCGGAUGCGUGCCCCCGCCUGGCUGUGCUGCACGUGGACGACUGUGAGGGCCUGACCGACGUGCGCCUGACAGCCCGCUCCCUCCAGUACCUCUCUCUCACCGGCUGUCGCCGCAUCACCUCCCUCUCCCUCGCCUGCCCCGCCCUCCACACUCUCCUCCUCGACUCCUGCGACAACCUCUCCUCCGCCUCCCUCGCCCCCGUCGCCCUCACCUCUCUCAACUUCGGCAUCUUCCCGCACCUCACCUCCCUCCUCCUCCACGCACCCGCACUCACUUCCCUCGAGCUCUGCGGGUGCGGGGAGCUUCAAUUCACGGAUAUCCGCUGCCCUGAGCUCACCUCUCUCGACGCAUCUUACUGCAGUCUUCUCUCCGAUGAGUGUCUCCUCGCUAUCUCCCUCCACUGCCCCGCCAUCCGCACGCUUGUGCUCGCAGCGUGCCCCGCGGUCGGCCCUGCAGGGUUAGCCGCGUUGAUUCUCCUGCGGAGGCUCUCCUGUUUGGAUCUGUCGUAUACGUUUCUGACCUCCCUGCACGCUGUGUUCUCCACGUGUCAUGGGCUUGUCACUCUGCGCCUCUCUGCCUGUAAGUAUCUCACUGAAGGGGCGCUGGCACCGCUGGUGGAGCCGCAGGAGGGAGGGGAGGCGGGGCGGUGGGGAGAUGGUGGGUCAGGAGCAACUGCAGUGGGAGCAACAGGAGGAGAAGCAAGCGUGAUUGAGAAAGAAGCACCCGCAGCAGAGGCAGGCUCAGCAGAUGCAGAAAUGGAGGGCGAGAGAGAUACCACAGAAGGCUCAGCAGAUGCAGGGAUGGAGGAGGGGAGUAAUAGCACAGGUGGUUCAAGCAGUAGGGAGGGAGAGCAGGGUGGUAGUAGUAGGAAGGGUGGGCAGGGUAGUAGGGAGGGAGAGCAAGGGAUACCGGCAGGUGCAGAGGGCAACAUAGGGGUUGUAAGCGGUGCUCUGCCAUACCUGGAGGAGCUGGACAUAUCGUAUGGGAGUAUUGGCAGGGCGGCGCUAGCUGCGCUGGUGGGCGGGUGUCCGCGCCUGCUGCACGUGUCCCUAAACGGGUGCACACAGGCAGACGACAGCAUGUGGGAUGCGCUCGCUGCUGCUUCGGCUGGGGACGGAGGAGACGCUGCACCGGUUGCUGUUGCUGUUGCUGGGAGAGUGAAUGGGGAGGAGGGGAUGGAAUUGGUACCAGGCAGCAUGACGGAAUGCGAAGAGCAGCAGAAGCAGCAGCAGCAGCGCCAAGGGCAGCAGCAGCAGCAGCAGCAGCAGCAGCAGCAGCAUGCGGUCCUCCCAGUGCAGCAGUACCGGCGCCUGCAGUCUCUCAGCUGUGUGGGCUGCCAUGGCUUCACCUCCAUCCGCCUGCCACACCCCUCCAUCUUCCCGCGCCUCACAACACUCAACUUCACAUUCGCCGUCAACAUCACGCAAGCUCACAUCGCGUGCCCGCACCUCACCUCCCUCAACCUCAGAAGGUUUCCCAAUCCACAGCGUGUACUAUCGUGGCACCUGAAGUACCAGCACAGUCGUUCUUGCCGUAGGCGCAUAAUCCCCUCCCCUCCCCUCCCCUCCCCUCCCCUCCCCUCCCCUCCCCUCCCCUCCCCUCCCCUCCCCUCCCCUCCCCUCCCCUGCCCUUCCCUCCCCUCCCCUGCCCUCCCCUGCCCUUCCCUCCCCUCCCCUCCCCUCCCCUCCCCUCCCCUGCCCUUCUCUCCCCUCCCCUCCCCUCCCCUGCCCUCCCCUCCCCUCCCCUCCCCUCCCCUCCCCUCCCCUCCCCUCCCCUCCCCUGCCCUUCCCUCCCCUCCCCUCCCUCCCCUGCCCUUCCCUCCCCUCCCCUCCCCUCCCCUCCCCUGCCUUCCCUCCCCUCCCCUCCCCUCCCCUGCCCUCCCCUCCCCUCCCCUCCCCUCCCCUCCCCUCCCCUCCCCUCCCCUCCCCUGCCCUUCCCUCCCCUCCCCUCCCCUCCCCUCCCCCUGCCCUUCCCUCCCCUCCCCUCCCCUCCCCUCCCCUCCCCUCCCCUGCCCUUCCCUCCCCUCCCCUCCCCUCCCCUCCCCUCCCCUGCCCUUCCCUCCCCUCCCCUCCCCUCCCCUGCCCUUCCCUCCCCUCCCCUGCCCUCACCUCCCCUCCCCUCCCCUGCCCUCCCCUCCCCUCCCCUCCCCUGCCCUCCCCUCCCCUCCCCUCCCCUCCCCUCCCCUCCCCUCCCCUCCCCUCCCCUCCCCUCCCCUGCCCUCCCCUGCCCUCCCCUCCCCUGCCCUCCCCUCCCCUCCCCUCCCCUGCCCUCCCCUCCCCUCCCCUGCCCUCCCCUCCCCUCCCCUGCCCUCCCCUCCCCUCCCCUCCCCUCCCCUCCCCUGCCCUUCCCUUCCCCCAGUACAUCCUUCCUUCCAUCUGAUGCUUUUCUCUACAAGACCACCUUCACUCCCCCGACCCCCCACCCCCCACCCUGCCUCCGCUCCAACCCUUCAACUGUGCAUGGCAGAUGUGUGGGCUAUCGUCAUCGGUGCUGCUUGCAGCGGUGGCCGGCUGUCCCUCUCUUGA